AACAUCUAUGACCUACAUAGGAUUUAAGCCUCAGCAACCUUUCUAUUGCGAAUAUGGUUCUGUGAUGCUUCGCUCUCUUUAUUAUCCGAUCUAAUGUCGCCCAUCUUGCGAAAUGUCACCAACAAGUGUCUACAUUCGCACCCGCCAAGAUGAUCUUGUAAGACGGGCAAACGUUGGGCAGUGAUUACACGAGGCGCAGCAGACUUUCUAUCAUAAAAUAUGCCGGUCAAUAUGCAUAUAAUACUAGCAUAAGAAUUAUUGUACCGUUGAGUCAUGUUGACGCUGUUCUAAAAUACGUUUACAGGUACCAUCCACACAGGCAGACAGGGAAUCCAGGCGUGGCUUUGUUUUUCCGAAUUAGGUCAUAUUGACAAGUCGAAGGGCGCGCAAAUAUCAUAUGUAUGGCAUAGAUAUAGCCAACAUGGAGCCUUGGAAGUCCCGAAAACCGGAUACCCUGAACCAAAUAAAGCUAAGUUCGAUCGGUUCAAUAUAAGAUGCCCCUAGGACACUCUGCUUCCUUUUCAACUCGUAUUCUGGUCAAAUCUACAUGUUCGAGUAUAGUUGCGGUUUCCUUUUCAUCUCCUUGUCAUCUUGUCAUUUAUAUCAUUCGCCACGACUCGCAUUCGCAUGAUGUCCACGAAAAUGGCAUCAGUUGUUACCACCACCGAGGUCCAGGUGAAGCAGACAUGCGAGGUGACCAUCGGCGACGCACUGGCGUCUGAUGCGGCAGCGAUAGCUCUGAUCGGUGCCAACACUUUCACCGCAACCUUCGGUUUCUCCGUCCCAGAAGACGACUUGGCAGACUUUUUAGCAGAGACGUACUCGUCAGAAGCUAUUGAGGCGGAUAUCAUAAGCUCGCAUGAGAACAACAUCAGCACAUUUGUCGCCCGUGAUGAAAUGGGCUCCAUCUUAGGUUUUGUGCAGCUCGUUCGCGGCCUUACGGAUUCAUCCUUAAAGGGAGAUCCCUCCUCGCACGCCGAGCUGCGGAGGCUUUACGUAGAUACCACAGCCCAUGGCAAGGGUAUCGGGAGCAAACUCAUCGCUGUCGUCGAGAACAAGGCCAGGUCUGAAGGCUUCAAGCAGCUAUGGCUUACCGUCUGGGAGUACAACAAGAGCGCACAACGACUCUACCAGAGGCUAGGGUACUCGAAGGUAGGCGCUGUGGAAUUCGCUACCGGAACCUGCAUUCAGACGGAUUGGGUAUUGGUAAAAAGCCUGUGAUUGAUUUGAGUCAGUCAUGCCUCCUCUUUUUAGACAUCGGGCAUAGAGACAUGGAUAGAAAGGAAGCGGAUUUGCAUACAUAGACGGGGCGUUGGUACAUACAAAAGACUUUGGGCAUUCGGUGGCAGUUUUCACUCGUACAUAUCACUAAAAGGGGCGUUAUGGUGGCAGCAUCUCCAUAGCUGAACAACGCACAAAUGGACGACGAUGAAUUUCUACAUAUCAGACCAGUCCGAUAGAUCAUAAUUACAACAAUUACAAUUCAGAUGAAUGAUUUA